CAUCUAAACGGUUAUAAACGGUUACGUGUAACGUGUAUUCGACGAACGCAUUGAAUCGUUGCUACGAGAUCGUACGAGAUGCCGGAUUUUAAAGAACAGUAUAAAGCUCCGCGUUCAGGAUUUGGUGACACGGAUCACAGCAGAUAUCUCCGUACUUGCAACUACAAUAAAUCUCGCAAGGAGGCCAGAGCACAGACUUUUAACAGAAAUCGCAAUUUGCGAAAUGAUUUGACACCAACGAGCCCGCAGCGUGGAAAAAUAAACAUAAAAGAGGUCGCAUCUACCAUUACUGAUGAACGCAUGAAAAAAUUAAUAAAAUGGAGAGAGGAACGCAACAGAAAGAAGAAUCUAGAAGCUACAAUCAAAAAACCAGUUUUCAAAGUUGGUAUUGUUCAUCAUCCUUUAUGUUCUUCGAUGAUUAAGAGUGGCGUAACAACUGCAGAAACAUCAAACAAACCAACAGAAAAUUCAAACAAUCUGAAGAAACGAAUUACAAGAGCUACAGAAAAACGAUUACUUGCCAAAGCUGCUCAGCGAACGGUAAAGGAUCCAACUUCAGUAUCAGGGAUAAAAAAUUCUUUUAAAACCUCAACUUCUUAUACCAAGAAAUCAUUUGCCCCUGCUAAUUAUUGUUUUAAAUCUCCAUCUGGUUUACAGAAGAUGCCUCUAUUUGGUCUUGUACCAAUGAAAGAAACGCCACAAGAGAAAUAUCCAUCAUUACAUACACAAACUUCUGAUAUUACAGAGAUUUUCAAACCUUCUACACAUCCAAAAUUAUCAUUAAAUAAACAAAAAUCACGGAAAUUAAGUGACUCGAUUAUUCGAGAUUCAGACGAAUUAAAUAUGAUUGAAACAACAGGAAUGUCAUUAAAGGAACAGGCAAGGAAGCAAACAGAUGCACAAGAUUUCUUAUACGAAGAAAAUUUUUUAUUAAACAAUACUAAUAUAAAAACGCCACCAAAAAAUUCUCCAACACUGUUUGAGAAAGAGAAUUGUAAUAUGGAAGAUCUCAUUAGCUUUUCGCCAUAUCUUACACGAAGUCGUGGCAAGAGAAAUUCUAGAAAAGAGGGACAGCAACGAUUAGGUAUUAGUCGUCCAUCUGAUGAAAUUCCAACCAAAGAAACUGUUAUGAAAAAUUUAAACAUAUGCGUGGAAGAGGAGAAACGUACUGCUCAGUAUUUCAAGCUUCUUGUGAAUAAAGAAACGAAUAGACUUACGGAACUUUGUAAGAAAUGGUUAAAUAUAAGAAUAACGAAGGAUGUUCCAGAGGACGCUAUGUAUGAAAUACAACAAGCGGUGGGACAAACAAAUUUAUUAAUAAAUAAAAAAUUCGAAAGAUUUCGUGGCUUAGUACAAGAUUGCGAAACUGGUAGAGGAGAAAUGCUGGUUACAUGCAGAGAUUUGCAAGGAUUUUGGGAUAUGACAUAUAUGGAAGUCAAAGAUUGUGAUAUGCGAUUUGAGAAGUUAGAGCAACGUCAAAACAGAGAAUGGCAGGAAGAAGAAUAUACUACAGUUGUCAAGCCUACUGUUAAAAAACGAAUGCCUAGUAAAAAACAAACUGUAUCAUCAAAACCAAGUUCAUUACGAUCGUUAAUCCUGGCUGCCAGAAAAAAUAAAAUGGAAGCAGGAACAUUAAGUAAGGAAAUUAUUUUGCCGCAAGAUACACGUGAAAAUACCAAUACUAGACAUAGCAUAAGUAGAUCUAAAUCCCAUGAUCUUGACGAGAGAAAAUCAACUCUUGUUCAACGCGAAAGCUCUAAAAUAAAUUUAGUACAGAAAGUACAGUACUCUGACAAAACUAAAAGAAUGAAAAGUCCAUUUGCAACUAUCAAGAUAAAUCAAAUGUGUAAGACAUCCGAAAUACAAUUAGAUGACACAAUAUCGUAUAUUAAUUCUGAUCAAACGCCGAGCAAAAGCAUAUUAAAGAAAUCAGAAGAAUUAGAAAAUAAGGAAGCUCGCAUAAAGUCUGCACAUAAAGUCAAUUUUGAUGAUCCAGUAAUUCUUAAUGAAGUCCCUCUUUAUAAAGAAAUGCAGAAUAAAUUAAAUUUAGCUGCUGCAUUAAAUAAAAUAGACAUUUUUGAUUUAGAUAAAAUAAAUCCUUUAAAAUUGUCACCCAUUAAUGCUGAAAAAAGAUUAGACUUUGAAAUUGAAGAUUCUGAUGAAGAUAGAGAGGACAAAAUGGCUAUUACUGGUGAAAUAAUUUCUAAAAACAUGGAAGAUCUUAACUUAGAAAAGAAAGUUCUUAGAAACAGAACUAUCCUGACAAAUAAUACUCCUAAAAGCAGUAGAACUAGUAAAAUGAUGAUUCCGAAAAAGACAAAUAAUAAGGAUGAAAAUGAGAGCCCUGUGAAAUUAAGUAAGAAAAGUUCAUUAAAAUUAUUACCAAGAAACGAAAAUGAACAUAUGACAUCAAAUAAAAACGAUACAAUACAGAUGGAAAAUGUAAUAUUGACAGACAAUACUAUUAAGAGAAGAUCACUUCGAAAUGUUACGUUCGAUGAAAAUUGUGUGGUAUGUACCGAAAAUAAACCAAUACUACCUAUGACACCAUAUUCAAAACGUAGCAAAACUCCCGCAAGACAGAAUCGGAACAAAUCGAUCGAUAUAUUUAGUGAAGAUCUUAUAUCAUGGAAUACGCCUGAUAAAAAAGAUGUGAAAGCAGCCUAA